UUUUUUUUUCUCCACCCCACUUCCGCAAAUAAAAGUCAGGAGAGUUGAGUGAGUGUGGCACCUCCGGUAGAAAGUGGAAACACGGGCACAUGGUGUCAUGGUGAAACCGUUCACCGGAGCCGGUAACGACUCCAGAAACAAACCCACGUAACGGCGCUGGCAGCCUUGCCUAUCCCCUCCUGCCCCCCCGUCCCAUGCCGUGCCUUUCGGAUUGAAGCUCAUCCAUCCGACCUGCUGUCUUUGCUGCGCACUCGCAUCAUGGUGGAUAUAACCAAAUGGCCCAUUUUCAGCCUGUUGGAGCCUCAGGAGCUCUCCCAGAUACAGAAAGCGUGUGUGUUUGGAACGUCUGCUAAUGAGGCCAUCUACAUUACCUGUGACGAUAAGGUGUACGUGUUUGGGCUGAACUGCAGUAACUGCCUGGGGACAGGGGACAGCCUCAGCACAAUUGUACCCAAAAAGCUGGACUUCCUGAGCGGCAGGAAGGUGGUCAGCCUGAGCUACGGAAGUGGACUCCACGUCCUGCUGGCCACGAAGGAUGGAGAGUUAUUUGCCUGGGGCCACAACGGCUACGGCCAACUGGGAAACGGGACGACCAACCAAGGAGUAGCUCCAGUGCUCGUGUCUGCCAACCUGCUCAAUAAGAAGGUCACAGAGGUGGCCUGUGGCUCUCACCACUCGCUGGCUCUGACUGACUUGGGAGAAGUGUAUGCGUGGGGCUACAACAACUGCGGUCAGGUGGGCUCAGGCUCCACAGCAAACCAGCUGUUGCCCCGCAGAGUUUCCAGCUGCCUGCAGAACAAGGUGGCCGUCAGCAUCGUCUGUGGUCAGACCUCGUCUCUGGCAGUAGUGGACAAUGGAGAGGUGUACGGCUGGGGCUUUAAUGGGAAUGGACAACUGGGACUGGGAAAUAACGGGAACCAGCUCACUCCUUGUCGACUUUUGGCUCUACAGGGUGUGUGUGUGCAGCAGAUCGUCUCAGGCAUCGCUCACUCCAUGGCUCUAACAGACGAGGGCUUGCUUUACACCUGGGGUGCCAACAUAUACGGACAACUGGGCACCGGCAACAAGAGCAACCAGCUGAGCCCGUUUCAGAUCAUGACUGAGAAAGAGAGGAUCGUAGAGAUCGCUGCCUGUCACUCCACCCACACAUCGGCUGCCAAGACCCAGAGUGGACAGGUGUACAUGUGGGGCCAGUGCAGGGGUCAGUCAAUAGUGCUGCCACACCUCACACCCUUCACCUGCACAGACGACGUCUUUGCCUGCUUUGCCACACCCUCAGUUAUGUGGAGACUUCUUUCUGUGGAACAUGAUGACUUCAUGACUGUGGCUCAGGCCCUCAAGAAAGAGUUUGACAACCCAGAAACAGCUGACCUGACGUUCUGUGUUGAAGGCAGAUACAUCUAUGUCCACAAAGCAAUUCUCAAAAUCAGGUGUGAACACUUCAGAUCGAUGUUUCAGUCCCACUGGAACGAAGACAUGAAGGAUGUGAUUGACAUAGACCAGUUCUCCUACCCAGUCUACCGCUCCUUCCUGGAGUUCCUCUACACAGACAACGUUGAGUUGCCGCCUGAAGACGCCAUCGGGCUGCUGGAUCUGGCCACGUCGUAUUGUGAGGGCCGCCUGAAACGUCUCUGUCAAAACCUCAUCAAGAGGGGAAUCACUAUUGACAACGCCUUCUCUCUGCUGUCUGCUGCUGUACGCUACGAUGCUGAGGAGCUGGAGGAGUUCUGCUUCAGGUUCUGUGUGAACCACCUGACCGAGGUGACGCAGACUGCCGCUUUCUGGCAGGUCGACGGCGGUCUGCUCAAAGACUUCAUAGGUCGAGCCAGUCAGUGCGGAGCCUUCAAGAACUGAUGUCGGCCCGAUGCAGGACUCUACGCCUGAGCGCGUCGUCGCCUCCGGUCGACUGCACGUACCUCCACUGACAGGCGGUGACGCGGCGGAAAUCUUCACCGCCAUCACUGUCAAAUCCCUAAUUCACGUACUUCCAGACUAGAAACAGCCUGUCCGUGACAUUCAAGCUGAUUCAGUGUUACAAGUGCCUGACUUAAAGACGUAAAGCAGGAGCUCAAAGGCAUUUAAAGGAUUGCUGUAGUUUGAUGUGGCUAACAUUAUUUUUUUUUUAACUUAAAAGUGUUUUGCCAUUUGCCUUGUUUCUGUUCAACUGACCAAGUUACUUUGUUUUGAGUUUGCACAUUUGUUUUGAUGGAUGCAUUGUGGAUUUCAGGCAUGACACUUUUUGCACUUGUAGUUAUCAAGAGAGAACCGGUAUUUGAAAACUGAACACAAACAUAUCGCAUUAUUAUUCCAGUGAUUAUUAGUCCUGGUGGUCUCCACAGCUGCAGCGCUCAGGUCCGAAUCCUCCUCUACUUUCUGUUUUACGACCCAGAGUUACAUCCAGUCUUAAAUUGUAGAUUUCGUAAACUGGACUGUGUUUUCCUAGGCAGCUACAACUCCAGAUUGCACAAAAAAAAUAGUUUGAGGUAAACUGACGUAGUGAAGUGUCUGGAGCCGUUAAGAACCGUUCAGGGCAUGUGUCCUUGGUCAUGAAACGUUGGUUGUUAAGGUCCUGGACGUGUGAUAUUACACAGUAUUAGCAUUUAUGAAGCCGUUUAGAGACAUGUACACUACCGCUGUGAGUAUUUUCAAGAAUAUAUUUCCUAUUUUGUUUUGCUUUCUUUGUUUGUUUUUAUCAAAUAAUUGUGAGUUGUUGAUACUGAAGACUAUGAAGUGCCAGUUAAAUUCUGUGACCUUGUAAAGCAAAUAAAUAAAAAGUAGUUUUCUGUAAA